AUUUUGUUUCUUACUUGAAUCUGUAAAGUGCUGCUGCUUUACGGUCUACAACUGUUUUAAUUUUGAAUGGAGUACAGAAGUUAAACAACACCUCUUCGACGAUAUUUAGAUAUAGAAGCAAAAUGACUACCAGAGAGAGCACUACAGGAGAGGAUGACAAGCUCCUGGAAGAUGAAGCCACGUAUUAUUCGGUGCAGUGGGAGAAUGCUGGUCAUCAGAUCCAUUACAUUAAGCAAGAAAACUGGGAAGAAACGGGCUCUCAAGAAGACAAGACCUUCUUUCCUGGGCCUGGUAUGAGCCAUGCUUCACAAUCUGCAUCAGAGCAAAAUGUCAUCAGUACUUUGAACACUCCACUGCUCACACUCGAAUGUCAGGAAGAGGCACGAGUAGGCUCUUUGACUGAGGAGGGUCGUUAUUCUAACACAGUCAACCCUGCAGAAGCUCGAUGUGAGGUCUUGGUCGACCGUCUUACAAGAACCACCAGAGCCACUGAAGAACAUGGUGAAGAUCGUCAUGAUGCAAGGACUGAACGUACGGAAGAUAUCCAGAAGCCGUUUCCAUGCCCAGAGUGCGAUAAAAGGUUCCUUCGUAUAAGUGACCUAAAAUUGCACAUGAGGUACCACAACGGGGAAAAUCUUCACACGUGUGAGGAGUGUCAGAAGAAGUUUCAUUCCAAAUGUGUCCUCAGGAAGCACAUGGAGUACCACACGGGGGAAAAGCCCCAUGGUUGCUCAGUGUGUAGUGUCGGGUUCUUGAGAAAGAGUGCCCUCACGGUGCACAUGCGAAGGCACAAUGAUGAGAAGCCGUUUCAAUGUUCGGAGUGUGAUAAAAAGUUUCGUGCAAAUAGUUGCCUUUCGAAACAUAUGCGAUUGCAUAAAGGAGAGAUGCAGAAAGGAGAGAUGCAUAACGGAGAUAUGGUUCAAGGAGAGAUGUAUAAAGGAGAGAUGUUUAAAGGAGGGAUGCAGAAAGGAGAGAUGCAGAAAGAAGGGAUGCUUAAAGGAGAGAUGCUUCAAGGAGAGAUGCUUAAAGGAGAGAUGCAGAAAGGAGAGAUGCUUAAAGGAGAGAUGCAGAAAGGAGAGAUGCAGAAAGGAGAGAUGUUUAAAGGAGAGAUGCAGAAAGGAGAAAAACAUCAGUGUCCCGUCUGUAAUAAGACCUUCAGUCAGAAGUGCUUCGUCAGUGUACACAUGAGAAUCCACAAUGGAAAGCCGCAUAGGUUCCCUCACUUCCUCAGGGGGUUACUCACCAAGUCUGAUCUCGCGCAACAGGUUCGAGCGCAAAGUGGCGAAGAAACGUUAUUGUGCACCAAGUGUCCUGAGUCCGAUCUCGCGCAACAGGUUCAAGCUCAAAGUGGCGAAGAAACGUUAUUGUGCACCAAGUGUCCUGAGUCCGAUCUCGCGCAACAGGUUCGAGCGCAAAGUGGCGAAGAAAUGUUAUUGUGCACCAAGUGUCCUGAGUCCGAUCUCGCGCAACAGGUUCGAGCGCAAAGUGGCAAAGAAACGUUUUCGUGCACCAAGUUACUCACCAAGUCUGAUCUCUUGCAACAGGAUCAAGCGCAAAGUGGUGAAGAAACAUUUUCGUGCACCAAGUGUCCUGAGAGAUAUUACACAAAAUCAGAGCUCUCGAAACAUUUCCUGUAUCACCAGACGAAAAAGCUUCGGUGUGGUAAGUGUGAUGAGGGAUUCACGUCAGAGGCUCUUUUUGCGGAGCACAUGAGGAGCCAUACAGAAAAGUCUAUGUGUGGUACGUGUGAUAAGGUUUUCACGUCAAAGGGUCGUCUUGCAAAACACAUGAAGUCUCACUUGUGUGCUGUAUGUAAUGGAAGUUUUAAGACAAAGGCCAUCCUUCUGCAACACAAACGAACGCAUACCAGAGAAAAACGAUUUGCGUGUCCGGAGUGUGGCAAGAAAUUUGCAAGGAAGGCAGGGGUGGCUGAUCACAUGACGUCUCACACUGGUGAAAAGAAUUAUAAAUGCUCACAAUGCGACAAAGCAUUUAGCAAUGCCAGUAACCUUGAGAGACAUAAGCUUACAGUACAUACCGGUGUCAAGGCUUUUUCUUGUUCCUUGUGCGAUAUCAAGUUCGCUGCCAAGUGGAGUUGCGAUGCUCACAUCGUGAGAUUUCACCCUGAAAAAUGUCUGUAUCAUUGUUCCGAAUGCAGUCGGAAAUUCCUCACAAAGGGUUCCCUGGAGGAUCACCAUUUGAGAAUACAUACCGAUAGUGAAGACACUGGGCCACACAAAUGCAAAGAGUGUGAUGAAAAAUUUGCUACAAUGGGCAGUCUACGUGAACACGCUUUGAGAAUACACCCGGAUGUUGAGCGUAACCAUUGCUCUGAUUGUGAUAAAACUUAUUCUUCGAAGGGCUGCCUUGUUUCUCAUAGACGGAUGUUUCACGCAGAGGGAAAGUUACCCGAGUGUGGGGAAUGUGGAAAACGAUUUUUUUCGAAAGCUUCCUUGCGGUACCACCAAAGAGUCCACAGGGGUGAAAAGCCCUUCCAAUGUCCCGAGUGUGAUGCGAGGUUCCAUCUGAAGACCAUCCUCACUAACCACAUGAAGAUCCACUUACAAGAGAAACCUCACCAGUGCCCCAACUGCAGCAUGAGAUUCAACAAUGGGUCUAACCUUGCUAGGCAUCGUAAGAGGCACACGGGUGAGAAGUCCUUUCAGUGUUCCAUUUGUGGCAGGAUGCUGGGAACAAAGCAGACUCUUAAUGAACACGUGAUGACGCACACCGGGGAGCGACCGUUUCGGUGCCAACAUUGCGAUAAAGGUUUUGUUUCAAAGACGGAACUUCGGAGGCAUUUAACGAGACAAGUCAGUGCACAGCCGCAUCCGUGUCCCAAAUGUACAGAGAGCUUUCCUUAUAAGUGCAGCCUUAAGAAUCAUGUGAAAAGUGUGCAUUGACCGAAUCUAGUCCUGGGCCCUGUUGCAUAAAACUUACCAUUGAUGGUAACUUUGUCAUCAAUGAUAGCUACCAUGUAAACCUUGAUCUUGAUUGGCUGAUGAGCCCUGUUACCAUGGUAGUCAGAGCUGCCAACUAGUACGGAUUUCCCGUAAUUGGUACGGAAAUUAACAACCAUUACGGCAGUACGGAAUGUUGUCUAAAAAUUAUGUUUUUUUUUUGUUUUUUUUGACGCAUAGGGAUCUAUAGUAGCAAGUGCUGUACAGUAUGGUGGCCAUCCAGCACUCGCUGCAUGAGAAAGAUGGAAAAUUAUCAAGUAUUCUCUUAAUAGAAGCCAAUCUUUCAUUGAAAACUUAUGUGUUGUGAUGAACUGAAAAUCAAUAUUUAGCGACUUUGCGGGAGUAAAAUCACAACAAAUUUCAGAUAAUCAUGCGCGCAUGCGUCCGCUUGCCAUUCUUUUAAGAUUCAUGGCGCCGCAUAGGAAAUUACUGAUUUAUUCCCAAAAUUACUGAUUUUGAGCCUUAUGGUUACUCAUUUUCUGUUCUGGAGGUUGGCAGCUCUGGGUAGUUUCCAUUGAUGGCAAAGUUACCAUCAAUGGUAAGUUUUAUGCAACGGGCCCAGUUUGGAACCAGGGGCUUGUUUCAUGAAACUGUCAUAACUUCAAGAUCAAUUUCAUCCCAAUGCUUUUGUUCGACUUGUCUGCUGAGUGUUUCACAAAACUGUUUUUGCAUCUUCCCGUCAACAGACUUGUUGCAACUCCAAACCUGUCAUAUCUUUUUAGAACGCCAUCUGAUCUCAAGGCAA